AUAGCAGGGAAAGUGAAGAACGACAUUCAAGGCAUGGGGGACGAUCGAAGGGAGGGAAAUCCGCAAAAGGUGGACAUUCGAGAGGACAUUCCCAUGACCACAGCAGUGGAGGGGAUUCCCAUGAUCACAGCGGAGGAAGCCAUCAUAACCAUGAUCACAGCGGACAUAGACCAGACACUGGUGAUUGGGAUACUCAAACUCAACGUCCAUGGUGGAACCGAGGUACGCGCUCUUGGUGGAACCGACGAACAGUGGACAGACGUCCAUGGUGGGAGACUACUACGCCAACACCAACCACUCAAAGUCCAAAAUGCGACUGUUCUAAAUGUUUUCAAGGGGACAGAAGGCCUGAUGGCCCACAGUCACCUCGGAGACCAAAAGCAGCUGAUGGCAUGAAAUAUCUUCAACAGUUUGGGUAUAUGCGACAUACUCGGUCGGCUCAAGCGUUUCAAGUAUCUUACGAUGAGUCGGGAAGACCAGUUACCCCAGGAAAUAUAAUGUCUGACGCCAUCAAAAAGUUCCAAAGGGUGGCCCAUAUUGAACAAACAGGUAUCUUAGACCAGGCUACAUUAGACAUGAUGGAAAAACCGAGAUGUGGGUUGCCCGAUGAUAACAUCAUCGACAAUGAUACACGAGAGAAAAGAUAUAUUACCUCCCCCAGCAAAUGGGAGAAAACAAGUCUAACCUAUCACAUAUCACGCUUUACAAACGAUCUCGACCAGGCUACCGUGGAAAGAGACAUUGCAGAAGCCUUUACCUUCUGGGCGAAUGUUUCGACCCUUGCCUUUACUAAAGUAGACAGGGGGAAAGCAGACAUCGACAUAUACUUUACCCACGCUGACCAUGGCGAUGGCAGUCCAUUUGAUAUGCAAGGGGGGACGCUUGCUCAUGCUUUCUUCCCAUCAGGGGCUGUAGAGUUUGACAUCGCUGGGGAUACUCAUUUUGAUGAAGGGGAAGAGUGGACUCACAAAGAACGAAGAGGCGCAAAUCUGCUGUACGUAGCAGUGCAUGAAUUUGGUCAUGCACUGGGUCUUGAACACUCCGAUCAGUUCAACUCUGUGAUGUUCCCAUUUUCGCGCGUAUACGAUCCAAAUUUCAAGCUAUAUCAAGAUGAUAUUGAUGGAAUUCAAUUUUUAUAUGGUGCAAAAACAACACCUACAACACCAAGUAUGACAAAUGCACCAAAACCGGAACGAACCAGACCUGAACCACCAAGGCCUACUCACCCACCGAGGCCUACUCACCCGCCAAGGCCUACUCACCCGCCAAGGCCUACUCAUGGGCCAAGGCCUACUCACCCGCCAAG